AUGAGUGUAGAAAUAAAGGUGGAGCCAGCCUUGCAAUCUCUUCAUGAAUCUCUGCUUCAGCUUACUACAGCUGUUCAACAAUUGGUACAAAACCAACAACUUGAUAGAGGCAGGAGUCAACCUAGGAGGGCUAUUCGAGGUGCUCGAAUUAACAACGAAGAUGAAGAACGAGACCAAAGGAGAGCUACUCAUGGAGAUAUCAAAAUUAAAAUCCCUCCAUUUUUCGGAAAGAGUGAUCCUGAAGAAUUUUUGGAUUGGGUGGACAAAGUUGAUUCUGCUUUUGAGUGUCAAGACUAUCACGAAUUCGUCAAGGUUAGUUUUGUUGCAGCUAAACUGUCUGGUUAUGCUAGCUUAUGGUGGCGGAAAACUAAAGCGCAAACAAGGCACCCUAUAGAGGAUUGGAAAACAAUGAAGACGUUGAUGAAUGAUAGAUUUGUGCCAAACUAUUACAAGCAAGAUCCAUAUUGCAAAUUUCAGAAUGAAGAGCAAGAGAUUGAAAAGGAAAGAUUCAUUGAUAUUGAUCAGACUGAUGCUUCUUCAAGCUCAAUUCGUGGUGAGACUGACAAAAGGAGUGUCAAAGUCGACAAACAUAUACCUUCGAAUGAAGUUUCUUUGCCUUUUUCUCAACCAGAAUUCGAAGAUAAGGUUCUUGAUGUUGAACUUGCUACUUGUGGAGAGGAUGCUCAAGCUUUAAUGCCUUUAAAAGAAGAAUCAGAACUUGAGAUAGAAGGGAAGCCAUUGCCUAUCACCAACAUGAUAAUGGCUUUUGACAAGGUAAGUUUAAUGGAUGUUCCAGAAGAGUUGCCACUUAUUCAAGAUUCUACAAAUCAUGUUGAGUUGACCACCGAAGAUGGGAUUCUACCCAAGCCUGUGUAUUACAAUGAAGAUAUAGAGAUAAAGGAAAAUGUGCUCCGAGUUGACGAAAAAGAAGUUGGGAAAAGAGAAGUGCAUUUCAGCUGCUCUAAUGAAGAGGAAAAGAAUGACUUGUUGGGUUGCGCUAUAUUCUUGCCAGGAGGAGUCCAAGACAAAGCUCCUGAUCUUUGUAACCGAGUUGAGCUACAUGGUAAGAGGACUCCUCUCUUUGAUGAAUUCUGUAUUGAAGAAGAGAUCAAUCACAUCCUUAGCAAAAGAGUUCCACUAGCAAUUGGUGGCUCCCAGGUAUUUGAACAAACAGAAGCUUUAGUCUCUAUUGAUGUUAAUGGCGGACAUGUGAUGUUUGGUCAAGGGACUUCACAAGAGAAGGCUGUUUUAGAUGUCAAUCUUGCAGCUGCAAAACAAAUUGCAAGGGAGUUGCGGCUUAGAGAUAUUGGUGGUAUCAUUGUGGGAGACUUUAUAGACAUGGAAGAUGAGUCAAACAAGUGGCUAGUUUAUGAAGAAAUGAAAGAAGCUGUGGAGAGAGACAGGUCAACAGUGAAGGUCUCUGAAUUGUCGAAGCAUGGACUCAUGGAAAUAACCAGGAAGAGGGUUCGACCCAGUGUGACUUUUAUGAUCAGUGAACCGUGCUCUUGCUGUUAUGCCACUGGAAGAGUUGAAUCUUUAGAGACAUCCUUUUCCAAGAUGGAACAAGAAAUUUGUCGGUUGGUUGUAAUGAUGGAAGUAAAAUCAGACCCGGAAAACCCAAAGACAUGGCCAAGAUUUAUAUUGAGGGUCGACCAGCAUAUGUCUGACUACUUAACUUCAGGGAAAUCGAAAAGACUUGCAAUCUUGAGUAGCUCUCUCAAAGUCUGGCUCGUUCUGAAGGUUGCUAGAGGUUUCACAAGGGGAGCAUUUGAAGUGAAACCCUUCACCGAGGAGACAGCAAGCAAGAAUCAGCAUCAGAUUGCCAUACAAGUCAUCCGACGAGCUGAAGCCCGAACUAGCAAGUCGGGCAGAAAAGUAACCAUUUUCCCUGUUAAGAAGAACAAGAAUACUGGUGGCAAAUGA